AUCGCUUUACAGUCCACAUACUCCUCGGUUUUAGAGAAUUUCCGCGAGAGAUGAUGAUGCACGCGGGCAUGGAAAUGAAGGCCAAAAUAGAAAGCACGGAACGAUUCUGCACAGGCACCAUAGAAGGCGCCAAGCUUGCUGCUCCAAAAGAGGAGGAAGCUCGCCCCCGUAGAAAGUCAGUUAAAGUAAAAUUUCUGGAUUCCUACAGUGGGAAGAAGGAAGAGAAUUUCGAUAACUGGGACGCGAACGUUAAUUCAUACGUUCACCUGCAUAAGAUUUUACGUGAGGAGCAAGUCCUCAUAGACUUCCAUGCCCUUCGGGACGAAGCGGCUAGUUUCGCCAGAUCGCCAACUUGUGCCUCGCAAUGUGAGAAUAAUAUGGUAGCUUACUCCAAAGUCACCCCCCUUCCUCAAUUUUUCAGGCUGCUUCGCGAAAGGUUUGCAGAUGUCUCACGCAGUGUUAGGGCCUCUGACAAACUGCAAACUAUCCACUCUCACCAGUGGAAGAGUGCCAGGGCACUCAAAGGCGUUAUGGUCCUUAUGGACGAGUUGGUCGCCGUCCCUGACCAUGUGGUCACUGAGACCCAACUGGUCAACUUGUUUUAUCGUGCCAUGCCCCAACCUCUGCGGGGGCACUUUUUCAAAAAGAGCAAACUGCCCACCAUGACCUACGAUAUCUUGAGUAGGGAAGUGGUAGCUUUCAAGGCGCAGUCCAUGCCAGUUUCCACUUUCUGGCAUAAAGACCUUGACAAGGGCAAAAAGUGGAAGGGUCGUACCAUCUCUGGCCAAGUCAGGGCAAAGGAUCAUUUGAUCCUUACUUUAGAUGAAGGUGGUAUGGAAGAGGUCCCCGACAAUCAAAUUGAGUGGGGCCUCGAGGAGGAGGACAGUAGUAACCGCUUUGGAGAGCGGAGAGGGAGACGGGGGAGCUUCCGCGCGAGGAAGGAGUUGCUGGGCGGGAAAGAGCUAUUCUGGAGCCGUCGCGUGGGGAAGAACGAGCUUCUCGCCGGAGAUGAGGCUGUGCGGGGCAACAGAGCUUGCAUGGGGAAAGAAGCCACGCGAAGCAGCGGAGCUUGCACGAGGAAGGAGCACCUGCGAGGGAGAGAGAGCGCGGGGGGAAGGAGCCGCGCGGGGAAAAGCUGCUGCGCGGGGAAAGCCGUUGCGUGGGGAAAAGCUGCUGCACGGGGAAAAGUUGCCGCGGGGGAGAAGCUACCGCGGGGGGGGAGAACGAUCGCGCGCGAAGAGUGAUGCUGCACGCACGUGUGUGUGUGUGUGUGUGUGUGUGUGUGUGUGUGUGUGAGAGAGAGAGAGAGAGAGAGAGAGAGAGAGAGAGAGAGAGAGAGAGAGAGAACGGAUGUUGGCGCAAUGUGAUUUCUACCCAGCGCUCUAAAUGUCACAGUGAAGAGAUUCAAUCAAGUGCUGGUAGAUGA